GAGGCUUUUGCCGCUCGCCCAGAGAUGGCCCCGGGCGAGCAAGUUCCUUCUGUCGGGCUGCGCGGCUACCGUGGCCGAGCUAGGUACCCGGCCGCCCCCGCCUGGGCCUCCCCCGCGAGUCGUCGAGGUGCCGCGCUGGGGGUGGGGGUGAGGGGCACGGGGGUGUUCGGCCGGCUGGGUUGCGCCCUCUUCUUGCACACCUGCCUGGCAGAUGUGGCAGGGCGGGGGCAAGGCCGGCCUUGCGAGGAGGACUGGAGGUCACCAAGGUCUUUUCCUUCCAAUUGCGUCUCCCUCAGAGGUGUGCCAUUGUGCCUGAGUGUCUACUCUUGGAAGCUUCAUGAGCGGUCAUUCCUCUGUAGGAAUCCUUUUCCCUUCCGCGAGGAUGACCUUCUAAUAAAAACACAAUCCACUUUUCAUCCUUACUGAGAUCAUCUGAUUCAUAUUCUUACAUAGCUUCACUAGAUCAUUGUCUUUUGGGUCCAAGUUGUGGAACCAACUUGUGGGACUUACGUUAUUAACCUGUCACUUACGGAUCGUCUACUCAACAUCCGUCAGUUGUCCUCCUUGAGCUUAGCUCAUCUAUACUGUGGUUACCUUGCAGGAUUCUGAGAAGUCAAAUGCUAAGUCCAAAGCAGGGCACUUAUUAAUUGCAACAUUGUCAUAAUAGCUACAGUACUAGACUGUGGUGAUAGAGCUUAAAAGACUCAACCCUGACCUUACAGGCGGGUGGGGACACAUGCAGAGACAGACAGUUCCAUUGUGCUAAUUAUUAGUAAUGAAGAUAUCAAGUACCAUAAGAGCGUAGAAGAUGGACAGUUACAUAUGCAUAAGCAAGUCAGAGAAAACUCGAGACCACCUGGAGAGAAUUUGGAUGCCCUUGCAUGAGCAGGUGGCGUUCUUUCCAAGGAUUUUGUAAGCGGAGUGCCUAUGUGUUCCCUCUGAAGCCUUCUGUGUGCAUUUUAAGAAUACCCUUUCAUUUUCUUGCCUGUUGCGGGGGGGGGGGGGGGGGCGGGGAGCAACGGCUUUGAUGUGUUACCGUUAGGCAAUGGUAGUUUGUCCUCUUGUGAAAUGAGUGUAUUAUUAUGUAUUUCUGCAGAGCCAGAACGGUCUGUUGUUUUGCCCUUUAUGCUCCUCCACUCUUGCCCUUUGGACCCUCUAUGUUUUCUUCAUUCUUUUCUAAAGCUGAUGGGAAAUUUUUGUUAUUCAUUGCUUUUAUUGAGAUACACUUCAUCGGCUUUUUAAAACAUGCAAAAUCAGAUUGCUGAAUUAGGUAUUUGCACUUCGUUUGUUUGCUGGUUUGUUUUUUAACUUGCUAGUUUCCCCCUGUGACCAAUGGCUUUGGCACAGAACCCUUCCUUUUGUUAAAAAUUUGUGGAGAAUGGUGUGGGGGCUGGGCAUGAGAGGUGGGGAAAUCAGAGUAUGAGAUGGUUUGAGUACAAAACAAUUUAGGAUCGGAACCUGAAGCGUUAUUUAAGUAACCAGCAAGUAAACGAAAAUUAUUUUGAGAGGCACAUGGUAUAGACGUGCCUAUAUCAUAAGACUUUUCGGGGCUCAUCUGUUAAGAAAGCAUGGCUUAAAUUCUCUUCAUGCAAACGACUUCUGUUUUAGGGGAACUAUCAGCAAGAUAUUUUUUCCAAAGACCAGUGCAACCUUUCCCCUCGAUCUCACAAAAACUCGACUCCAAAUGCAAGGAGAAGCGGCUCUUGCUCGGUUGGGAGACGGUGCAAGAGAGUCGGCUCCCUAUAGGGGCAUGGUGCGCACAGCCCUAGGGAUUGUUCAAGAAGAAGGCUUCCUAAAGCUUUGGCAAGGAGUGACACCUGCCAUUUACAGACACGUAGUGUACUCUGGAGGGCGCAUGGUCACUUAUGAACAUCUCCGUGAAGUUGUGUUUGGCAAAAGUGAAGAUAAGCAUUAUCCUCUUUGGAAGUCAGUGAUUGGAGGUAUGAUGGCUGGUGUUGUUGGCCAAUUUUUAGCCAACCCAACUGAUCUAGUGAAGGUUCAGAUGCAAAUGGAAGGAAAAAGGAAACUUGAAGGGAAGCCUUUGCGAUUUCGUGGUGUGCAUCAUGCAUUUGCAAAAAUCUUAUCUGAAGGAGGAAUACGUGGGCUUUGGGCAGGCUGGGUACCCAAUAUACAAAGAGCAGCACUGGUGAAUAUGGGAGAUUUAACCACUUAUGAUACAGUGAAACACUAUUUGGUACUGAAUACACCACUUGAGGACAAUAUCACGACUCAUGGUUUAUCAAGUUUAUGUUCUGGACUGGUAGCUUCUAUUCUGGGAACACCUGCUGAUGUCAUCAAAAGCCGAAUAAUGAAUCAACCACGAGAUAAACAAGGAAGGGGACUUUUGUAUAAAUCAUCAACUGACUGCUUGAUUCAGGCUGUUCAAGGAGAAGGAUUCAUGAGUCUAUAUAAAGGCUUUUUACCGUCUUGGCUGAGAAUGGUAACGUCAGGUUUUUCCUUUGUUUUUGUUUUCUUUGUACUUAAAUUGCUUUUAAUCUGUAAAUAUUUUCCCCUUUCUCUUUUAGUUUUUAGCAUGGCUCUGCCCCCAAACCACAAUUCUUUCUCUUUUUUUAUAUCUUUUUUUGUUUUCUUUUUACCUCUCCUCAGAGUCCUGUUACCUUUCUUGGUAGAAUAAAGUAAAAUAAUUCAGUUACAUCCAGAAAUAAAUAAGUUGAUAUUCUGUUGUUAUAAAGCCAGAGGAGAGGGUUUUUCUGCAAUUUAAAAACCUUUAGUGGUCUAUUUAGUCAAAGUACUGUAGUUUGGGACAGGUAUAAAGAUUUUAUGCUAGAGACCAUUCCUAUGGAAAUGUUACUGUUUCAAACAAAUUUUUGUUACUUUGAUGGCAAAUGUUGCAUUAUCCAUUAAUACUUAUCACCACAAAGCUCUGCUUAGUAAGAAAGCCUUAUGUCAUUUUUAUUAGGUCUGGAUGUUAUUUUUUAUGGAGGUGAACAAAGAUGUAGUGUGAGACUUAUUCAAGCAACAACAUAUAUAAUAAACGCAGGGUACUCAAGGAUUUUGUAAGUUGGAACAUAUUUGAAAGACUGAGUCGUGCAUUUAGAAAUUCAAACAAUCAAUACUUUACACAAUAUGAUAAUAUUAAUUGAGCACCUACUCCAUGCAAAGCCCUGUACUCAACGCCUGGUUUGGGGGGAUGAACAGAAGAGUCUCACCCCCUGCCCUAGUGCCAGAGCUGCUGGUUUGAUAAGGGCCAAACACUGAAUAAAAAACUGGAAGUGAUGAGUGGUAGAGGAAAAGUGCAUGGUGCUAUGGCAAUAUAUAGCAAGUGCAUACAGCCUAGGCCUGGAGAUUAAGAAUACCUCCAUGGACAAUGGACUUUAGAAUUGAGUUUUGAAGAAUGGGUAGGACUUAGCCAGAUAAAAAGAGCAGAAAAAACAUUCUAGGUAGAGGGAAUCAUUGGAAUGGACAGAGAACAUGAGGAGUUCGAGGAACUGAAGGAAACCCAGCCGGCCGAGGCAUGAAGACAUGGAGGAGAGAGGUACAAGGUGAGGCCAGAGAGAGGCAGAGAUCGGUGUGGGAAGGGUCAUAGGACCCAUAAGAGUGAGGGGCACCGGCUUGAUGAUACGUGUAUUUUUAAAAAGAUCAUUCCAGCUGCCAUGUGGAUUAGAGAAAGGCCAGGAACAGUAGUAGAUGAGACAUAAUGAUAGUGCGGACUAGAGUAUCACAAUGGGGAAAGAAAAAGAUAGAUCUACAAAAUAAUUUAGGAGAAAGCAAGGAGCUGGAAGCAUGACAAGCAUGAGUGGAUGAGGAGGGGAAGAUGGUCAAAGAAGGCAAGAAAUGCUGGGUUUCAUUCCCAGGUUCCCAACCUGAGCAACAGAUGAUGUAAUAUCCUAACACGGAGAUCAUUUGUAGGGAUGAUUUCAUGGUAGAAUAACAAGUUUAGCUCUAGAUUUGUUAAGUUUUGAAUACUCAUAGGACAUCUAAGACCAGAGGUCUAGAUAACUAGCUUCGUAUAUUGAUCUGGAUCUUACAGAAAAUAUGGGGAUGGAGAUUUAGAGGGGAGCACUGUCUACAUAUAGAUGGGAAUUGAAGCUCUGAGAAUAAGUGACAUCACCAAGCAAUAGUAGGUAUCUAUUAACAUGGAUUUAGUAGCCAAAGCCCUGGGCAAUAGCUGGUCCAAAAGUGUACCCAAGUGUAAAACCUUAUUUUGAUUGUCUAGAUUAUAUCUUGAAAUUAUCUCAAAUCUAUGGAUGUUUCUUAAUGGAAAGGAGGAUUUUGAUUUGGCCUGCCAUGAACCAGGCACUAUCGUAAGUGCUGGUAGCCCUAGGGAAUAAGUUUUUUGCCUGAGACGAGCUUAUAAUGUGAUGGAAAAUGUAGACAUGUAAAUAGUGAAAAUUACAGAAUAAAGUUAACAUUAUUAAAUCACUUGGUAAGAGCACCAACACCGUGCUAAUCAUUUUCACGGAUUAACUCACUGAACUCUCCCAACAAUCUCUUCAGUAGGUUAUUGUGAUUUCUCUCUUAGAGAGGAGUAACAAAAGCUUAGAGUAUAAAGAACUCAGCCAGGCUAGGUAGUUAUCAAUUCGUGGCAUCAGGGAGGCAAACCCAGCAAGUCUGACUCCAGAGGACAUGGUCUUACUAAGCAGUUUGUAUUACUGCUCUACUAGUGGUAUAAACAAAAUGUGUUGGGAACACGGGUAAUGAAGUAAACAUGGCUCUGACUGUUUGGGAAGGCACAAAAGUCUUCUGCAGAGGUACGUUUGAUCCGAGCUUUGAAAGAUCAGUAGGCAUUUAUCAAGAAAAGCUGUAUGAGCCUAGGGAUCAAUUCAUGCGUGGACCCAGUAGGUUGGGGCAACUGCAGAAAAUUCGGUGUAGCUGGAGAAUAGGUCCUCGGGGGAGACGUGGUGGGACAGAAUUCUAAAGAAGUACCUAUGGACUGGGUUAUAAAAGGACCUUACCGGGGUCAGUUUGCUGGUUUAGGUAAAACCCCGGAGCAAGCAAGCAGCUGUUUAAUCAUGGGAGGAAAGUACUAAGGUUUGUAUGGGGACAGGACUACUUUGGCAGCAAUAUAGAAGAUACAUUUAAAGCCAGGACCCAAGAAAGGAAGUUUUAUCCGUGCUCUAUCCUGGAGAUGAUUGUAAAAAUGGAGCAAAGACAUAUUCUAGAGACAUAUAUGGUUAACUCCAUAGGAC